AUGGCAGAUGGUGCUGUGAACUUCCUACUGGAAAAGCUGACAACGAUCCUCAUGCAGGAAGCAUCAUUACUGGGAGAUUCUCAAAGUGACGUUGAGGAAAUAAAACUGGAGCUGGAAAUCAUGAGAUCCUGCAUAAGAGAUGCGGAAAGAAAACAGUUGAAGAGUGAAUUGGUGGAAGCAUGGGUGAGACAAGUGCGAGAAGUGGCACAGAAAGUAGAAGACGUGUUAGAUGAGUAUGUCUACUAUAAAGAUUUGGAAGAAGAUAAACGAGGGUUCAAGAAUUUGAUGCAAGACAUCAUCAAAGUUCCAAUACACAUGAGCAGAAAACGUAAAAUCUCCAUGAAGCUUCAAAAGCUUAAAACAGAAGUUCGUGAAGUUUGUGAACGAAGAAAAAGGUACACAUUUGAUGAGAAAACUGAUGAUCGGAGAGAUAGAAAUGCUUCGAUUGACUGGUGGCAACGUCAAGAAGAGCUAUUGAUGUUCGUUGAUGAAGAUGAGAUAGUGGGUAUGGAUGAUAAUAAAGCUAAACUGAUUGAAUGGUUGAUGGAAGAUGAUCCUCGAAGAAUGGUUGUAUCUGUAGUUGGAAUGGGUGGGUUAGGGAAGACAACUCUAGUUACCAAAGUCUACAAUGAUCAAGCGAUUCAAAGAUACUUUGAUUGUUGGGCAUGGGUAUCUGUGUCUCAAACUAAAGGUGUUGAUGAGUUGCUAAGAUCCAUGAUCAAGAAGUUGUUUGGAGGAAAGCGUGAAACUCUUCGUGUUGAUUUGGGGUUGUUGAAUUACAGAGAAUUAGUCGAGAUGCUUAUUGACUAUCUUCACAAGAAAAGGUACGUGAUUAUUUUAGACGAUGUUUGGAAGAUACUUCUUUGGAGUAGAAUAAGAAGUGCAUUUCCCGAAAAUGGUCUUGGAAGCCGAGUUAUAUUCACAACAAGAAACGAUAAUGUAGCAAAAUCAGUAGGACCCGGAAAGCAUGUUCUUCGCCUCGACCCUCUUGGAGAAGAUGAUUCAUGGGCUCUCUUUUGCAAAAAGGCUUUUUGGAGCGAUUUAGGACAUUUUUGCCCUCUAGAACUCGAAGAAUUAGCUCGAGCCAUUAUGAAGAAAUGUGAGGGAUUGCCUCUUGCUAUAGUGGCAAUCGGGGGUCUUUUGUGUUCAAGAAACAAAACUGCUGUUGAGUGGAAGAAAAUAUACGAUAGCCUUACGUGGGAAUUGAGCAACAAUCCUGUUCUCGAGGGUGUAAAAGGAAUUUUAUCAUUGAGCUUCAAUGAUCUACCCUUUUACUUAAAGCAUUGUUUCUUGUAUUGUUGUGUUUUUCGUGAUGGAUAUCCAAUCAAGAGGAAGAAGCUUAUAAGAUUAUGGGUUGCAGAAGGGUUUAUCUUGGAAAGAAAAGGAAUAACAAUGGAGGAGGUAGCAGAGGAGUAUCUUAUGGAGCUUAAUCUUAGAAGCAUGAUUCAAGUCACUGAAACUAAUGAUACUGGAAGAGUCAAGAUGUUUAAAGUCCAUGAUGUUAUGCGAGAACUGGCAAUGACAACAUCUCAAAAAGACAAUUUUUGUUUAACAUACGAUAAUGACACAGAGGUUAGAUUUAUUAGUAAAAUCCAACGCCUCUCGGUAUAUAACAGAGGCAGAAAUUUCUAUUUAAGCAGCACGAUAUUACGCAAUCUACGUGCUCUCUUUGUCUUUCAGAUAGAGACAAGUUCAUCUUUCUCCUUGAAUGCAGUGUUGUCUAGCUUUAAACUGCUAAAAGUUCUUGAUCUUGAAAGCGUGUCGAUUGGAUCGAUCCCGGUUUCUGUUGUUGGAUUAUUCAACUUAAGGUACUUGAAUCUUCGAGAAACCAAGAUCAAUGAGCUUCCAAAGUCAAUGGAGAGGCUUAGAAAUCUACAAACACUUGAUGUCAGGAAUACCAAGCUGGAGAAGUUACCAAAUGGAAUAGCAAACAUACCACGACUUCGACACCUUCUUGUUUGUUGUGUAAGGGAUCAUAACACCCCUGGAACCUCCAAUAUUCAUUCUGGCUUACGGGUACCCGUAGAAAUAACGAAAAUAAGAAGUUUACAAACAUUGGCAUCCGUUGAAGCAGAUGAAGAUUUCAUCCAACAAGUUGGACACUUGACAGAGCUCAAAAGAUUGGAUAUAACAAACGUGAAAGCAAUAGAUGGGCCAAAGCUGUGUAACUCAAUCGAAAAGAUGACGGAUCUUCGGCGUUUGAGCAUCACCUCCAGUACAGAAAGCGAAGAGCUAGUUCUGGAAUCAUUAGCUUUCCCUCCCGUGUUCCUCCAGAAACUGGUGUUAGUUGGGCAGUUGAGUAGGUUGCCUCCUUGGCUCGAGUCAUUAGCAAAUCUAACUCAUCUUUACUUGUGUUCCUCUAGUUUAGGUGAUGAUAUCCUUUCAUCUAUUCGGGAGUUACCGAGUUUAGCGUUCUUGGAACUCAAGAACACUUGCAAAUGCAGGUCGUUGCAUUUCACGGCUGGAGGGUUCCCAAAGCUCAACAAAAUGCGUUUGUUGGAGCUUGUAGGGUUGAAUGUGUUGAGAUUGGAUAAAGGUACGUUGCCGAGCAUCAAAGACUUGAAUCUGGUUCGAUGUAGAGAGAUGAGAUCAUCGCUACAAGGUAUUGAGCAUCUUACUAGUCUUCAAAAGUUAUACUUGGAGGAAAUGCCAGCAGAAUUGGUUCAAAGGUUGAGAAGCGAUGAGCGUGCCAAUGUUCGUCACAUUAACACAAUUAGCCUUGUGUACCUAAGUGGACAAAGUCGAGUGAUUGAAACGCUUUUCUAG